AUGCUGUCAAAUACGGAUAAGGAAAAGGAUGCCAUUGCCCUAAUCAAACUUACCGGAAAUCAGUUUGCGGAUCUUGCUUCUUAUACAACACUGGAUCAUACGGCUAAAAUCCAAGCGCAACUUUUAAAAGGUGAUUUUCAACGCGCGCUUCAGCGUUUCCAACGAACACAAGCAGAGAUCAAACGUCGCCUGAUUACUGAAACCCAAGCUACCGAAUCCUCAGCUGGAGAUCUCAUUCAAUUUGGUGAUCAAGGACAAUCGGACAAUGCCCUCCUGUUUCAAAGUGGUGCUACUCAAAUCCAUGCACAAGCUCAGAAAGGCGACGCACAACAGUUGGGCCUUGCCUUGCAACAAGAAGCAGAAAUGCAAGCGCUUGAGGAAGAUAUCGUGAAUGUCAAUAUCAUAUUCGAGCAACUUAUGAGUCUAGUGUACGACCAGCGGACCGCAGUUGAAUCGAUCGAAGAUAAUAUUGAAGCUGCUUAUAUAAACCAAGAAGCUGGUACUUCAUCCUUGGCAAAGGCAGCAACAAGCCGACAACGCUCUCGACGACGCCGUUGCAUUUGUUGCAUUGUCUUGUUCGUGGCCAUUGGGAUUACCGCUUUGGUGCUUGUUUUGGUCUACGCCCCUCGCUCCAACGGAAAAUAA